UUGUUUGCCUAAAACAGUUUUCUAUAAAAGGUUAUAUUUGAAGUAGGGGUGUGCGAUAUAUAUAUAUAUAUAUAUAUAUAUAUAUAUUGUUGUUUUAACGAUGUGCAAUUUGAUAUUAUCGAGUAUUUUGCAAAAACCAAACAGAACACCUACGGAGUGAAUGCUUGCAUUACGUGAUGAAGUCUAGACUUGUGCGCAUGCGCAUUUAGUGUGUUCUUUCACUGCGUGAUUCAGUCUAAUAAAAUGCAUUAAGAAUGAUCACAAAAUUCAGGAUAUGCUUUGGGGGCAGAAAAUAUGUAAGGAAUAAUUGACGACGGGCCGUUGGAUUAUUAGAAAAAUAAUGCACACCCGAGGUGGUGAUGCGGUCAUGACGCGAAGCGGCUGUUUCACAGUGCGGCUCAUUUCAAUAACUCACAGCAAGAAGGAAACACAGGGAGGAAAAUCUAUAUUUAAAUACUUUCUCUUGCAGUUAUAUCGUCUGGUAAUUAUACUGUAUAUAAAAUGCGGGCUCGGCAUCAGGGAGCCGUUAUUAAUACACAAGGCAUUGAAACUGCUUUUGAACAAUCGGUCAUCGUGUUAUAGUCUCACUUUCAAGAUACGCAAUCGUACAAACUGACAUUUCACAAGAUCAGAUGCUUGUCAGUGGUGUUCAGGAUCUGUAAAUCAUUCGCCAUCAUCCUCAGUCAUCUCUCCUUACUCUGUUUAUGUGGUAAGUGAAAUCUUAUGUACUGCAAUGUAACAGGCUACAGCUAGCAAGGAGCUAACCAUGCCCCUUUAGUGGCUCGCGUUAUUUGCUUUCCUUGCCUUUCUGAAUACAGACACCAACCCAUCCCUGCACUUCACUUCCCCAGCACAGCCUGGAACAUAACAUUUAUUUCCAUGGUCUGCCAUUUUCGCUGUUGUCCGUGCUUGUUUAUUUACAAUACCUGCAGAACUUCUGAUGGUUCGGCUGGCGGCUGUCCUAGAACAAGGGCGGGUUUAUGCAAAUGUUGGGAGCGUAACUAUUAGUGAUCCGUGUUAUGUUUUGAUUCGCUUGUUUUUCAGUGGUCUUUUUUUAUUCACGAGAUUUACAUAAGAAGGAGGAAACUAUGGUGUUUGAGGCUCACUGUAUGUCAUUUCCAUGUACAGAGCUGUUAUUAUUUAACUAUGCCAAGGUAAAGACAGUUUUUCAUUCUAUGGCACCUUUAAAAUAAUUUCAAAUACCAGCAUUCAAUGUUUUAUGUUUAAAAUAUAAAAACAUCAUGCAUUUAAAUUAAGGUUAAAGCAAUGUCCCUGUGAGCUGCAUUAAACAGUGUGUAAAUACAUCUAAAUGCCACUUCAGAUGCAACUUCUGCAAAGAUUAAUUUUGUUGAUACUGGUUUCAUUUAUUGCACAAUAACACACUCAGCAAAAUAUCGUCUAAUUAUCGUUAUCGAAAAAAUAUUGAGAUAUCUUUUUUUUUUUUUUUUUUUCAAUAUUGCACACCUCUAAUUUGAAGCCAUAUUUCAGCUGAACUCAGUGAAUGGCUUGAAGUCAGCCCUAAAACAUUUACAUCACUGUAAAUGCAAUGUAAGUUUUGCUCCACAUUUAACUAAUUCUGCCUGUUAUUGUCUUUGCUGAUUUCAGGGAAAAUGUGUCUGUCACUUUCUAAUGUUAUACUUUUUAAUGUCACUUUGACUUCAAGUCCCCACAACAAUAUUCAAAGGCUCCAUGAUAUUUUCCUGUUGUUUUGUGAUUUAAGAUUUUUAAAAUAUUUUUAUUCAGUUUCUUCCCAAUAUUUUAAAGCUUGACAAAACUAAAUGCAUGUUCUCUUUCUUUCUUUCUUUCUUUCUUUCUUUCUUUCUUUCUAUCUAUCCAAGUGCAUGCACCAGUUGUGACCACACCACACUUCAUUAUGCCAUUUGACAUAAUACUACAACUAUUUUACACACGACAUUCAAAAAUAUUUAUUAUAUUCAAAAAUGCCCACAGAGUUAUAAGAUUUUAUUAUUCCAGUUCUAGUAAUCACACUUUAAAAUUAGGCUACAUCAUACAGGUUUUUACAGUUUAAGAAGUUAGUUGUUUCGUCUUAUUUUAGAUUAUUUUAAGACCCCGUUGGAAGUUUUCAGAGGCCCCUUAGUGGGUCAUUCUGUUCAAAAAUAAUGAUUAGUUUUUCUUUUCUCAAUGAAAGCAAUCAUUGUGAUUGCUCAGACUGUGUUUGAAACAUCCUGUCUGAAGUUAUUUAUUUAUUUAUUUAAUUCAGCCUUACGAGAAUGUCAUGCCUACAUGUAGGUCAUAUGACUGGCUGUAUUUUGUAUGGGUACUCCUAUUCCCGUAUGUCCAGUAGUUGUGUGAGAGAGGAUGUGUUGUCUGGAUUGUUUGUGCCUAACCAGGUAGGAGACUGUGGGUUUGGUACUGGAAAGGUGCUAGUAUGUCCCAGAGGACAAACAGCCCUAUUGUUCCUGAGUGAUAGGAAGAAGGAACGACGCCUGCCGGCCUCUCUCAGCCCUUCAGUCAGGAUGUGUACAGCCUCUCUGUACAAUUACAGCAUAAUUAUUCACUGUAGAUUCCCAUCAGCGACAGAAACAAUGGAGGAGCGCUCAAAAUUCUCCCCUUUCCCAUGGGUUCAACUGUUCAGUUCCCACAACCAGUUACUUCUGUCCCCCUUGAACCUUUUUAGGUAGUCAGAAACUGACUUCCAUUUCCUUCGAUAUGGCCCCCUAGGGUCUUAUCAAUACCCCAUUCCAGGUAAUUUGUCCAGAUAAUUAUACUGUGAGAAGUGAAAAUGGUGUGUCCUACCACAUUAUUUUUGAGCAUUAGGCAUUGUUUUCAUUAGUUUUAGUAUUAUUGUUUUUAUAAUAAAAAAAUCCUGUUUUAUGAUUCCUGUUUAUUAUUAGCAAGAAAUAAUCAUGAAGUUCAAAUAUUGAUAGUUAAUACUGAUAUUUACAUUUAUGGUGGAAUUUGUCACAAUAUUGCCAAUUAUGGAAAGGAAAAAAGUAAUAUUAAAGGUCUGCCACAAAUCCCUGAUAUUUUUGAGCAUUAGGCAUUAAUUUUCAUCAGUUUCAUUAUUGAUUAAGCUCGAAACCUGUGUCAUGGUUUACAGUCAGGAUGUUAUUUUAAUAAUGACUCAAUUCUGUCUUGUAUGACUGUGUACUAUCUGAUCAGCUCCUUAUCUAGAUUAAAAAGCCAUGUGCUCUGACUCAUCUGUUUUCUGUGAGAUGAGUUGUUCAUAUGAUGAUGUAGCGGGUAAAAAAUUAAAAUCUCAUAGACUUGCACUGAAUGACCCAAGCCAUACUGUACAGAAUAUCGUAGAGACUAGUGGUGGGCUGCUUAAAAUAGCCUAGCAGCCAUAUAGCAAUGCACUAAAAUCCAUUAAAAAAAAAAAAAACUCUUGGCAACAUGCUGUAUUGGCAGUUAUGUAGGUAAGCACCAUUCCUAUUGUAUAGAAACAUCUUUCAUUGUAAAAUACUUUAAUUUAGUAUUGUACUUGCACGUAAUUCACAGUUUGAAGAGCUGAUGACGUCCUGGAACUACUGCAGGUGGUAUUUUACCAAAAACAAUGUAACAAUGCCCACCGCUGGUCUAUUGUAAGGCUGAACAAGCCUGAACAGCCAAUGCCUGGAGAGACCAAUGGAAAAAUCAGGAAGCAGAUACAAGCCUAUUUCCUCCAGGUUGUGAGUUCUUAACUGUGAGUUGUUCUGACACACUUCAGUUUUAAUGGUUGUGACUUAACAUAAAUGCUGUAACACAAAGAUAAUAUCUUCCACAAAGAAACAAUGUCAUACAGGUUUGGAAUGACAUAAAUAUGAAUAAAUACUGACAGAAUUUCCCUUUAACCAAUGUUUAAUCUAACCAUGUUAACCAUGUCUAAUCUUACCAUUAUUUUAAAGACUCUACUAUUCAAAAGUAUGGGAUUAGUACGAUUUUUAGAACUUUUAUUUUGUCCAUUAAAUUGAUCAAAAGAGACAGUAAAGACAUUUUAAGUUUUAUUAAUAUGUAAAACAGUUUUAAAUCAGGUUAGACUUAAUAUUACUGUAUUUGUUAUCAGAUAAACAUGUUUUCAUAAGUGACUUCUUGGAAAAACAUUUCCACAGAAGUGCAAGCACUUUGAUUUUCAGUGACAUUCUUGUGUGUGUGUUUUUUUAGGUCUCUGUUUUCUCAUUGUGGAUUUUUGGACUUCUUGUUAUGGCUAUCACUUAGAAGACAUGGUUUUUAAUCAGUUCAGCUGGCAGGAAGUACAUGUGACCGUUUUGCACUGCAUACAUUGGCAUAUUUGCCUGAUACUGCGGCCUUCAGACCCCCUACAGAAAGAAGUUUGGCACUCAGGCUUAAGUCCCCAUGGGAAGCAGGUUGACUGGCCACUCGAAGCCACCUCUCAUCCAGAAAACACCCACACACCUCCGAGCCCAACACAGACUGCUGCUUCUAAGAUUGCUGAGUGGAAUCUGUGAGGGUCUGCAGACAACAGAAGUGUGUAGUGUGUGUCCAUUGAAGAGACCGUUUCCCCUCUGCUGAUAAUGAAGCACCAUUUCCACAUGAGGAGGCAUUGACUCCGGCGCAACCCUGUCGCGCCCACAGCGCCCCCUCUCGGCCCGGACGGCCCACCAUGCCCCGGCCAUGAAGGGCUACCAGGUGAGUCGCAGUCUGUCGCAACACUCCUCUGGGCCUUGCUACUGCAUGCCUGAGGACUGCGACACUGCACGGGACUAUAUGCACCACCCCGACCACUACCAGGGGCACAAUGACCACCCCUACUACCCGCCUGGUGGGCCCCCUGAACCAUUGGCCAUGGUCCCAUCUGGUGGAGGCACUUUCCCUCGCUCACACCCUAGUCAGCCACAGCCCUAUGACUCCACCUGUGAAGAGUGUUUAUCCUCUGCAGGGCAUGGGCAUGGGCAUGGUCAUGGGGGAAAGAUGCACCGUAUCCCACCAAACCUUCUGGAUCAGUUUGAGAAACAGUUGCCCUUCCAUCCAGAUGGCUUCCACACCCUGCAGUACCAGCGCACAGCCAGUGGAGAACAACGCAGCGAGAGUCCAAGUCGCAUAAGGCAUUUGGUGAACUCUGUCCAGCGUCUCUUCGCUAAGUCACAUUCACUGGAGGCACCCUCUAAACGAGAGUUUAAUGGCACCCGUGGGGGAGAGUUCCGGGACAGAGAUAGGGGGCACCGCAGUGGUGGCGAGGAAAGUGGUGGACAUCAUUAUUCAGGAACGCACCAGUCUCGUUCAGCCCGUCGGAACAAAAGCCGAGAACGAAGCAAGAGUGGAGACUCCCGCCACGAGUCACGAAGCUCCCGCCACCGGAGCAAAACAGCUGGAUGGUGGAGCUCCGAUGACAACCUGGACAGUGACAGCAGCUUUCUGGUGGGUGCAGGAAGAGGGGGGCGUGGGUAUCCCACCGGACACGAGACCCUGGAUGCCGCCAUCCAGGAGCUUACCUUGAGGAAAUCUAAGGGGCCACCUCCAGGAGAUUGCCUGGCUUGCACCAACAUAGCCAUGACAGGUGACAGUGGACACUCUCUGAAGAGGAGCACAUGGUCGGCCAUGACGGUCAGUCAGGCUAGAGAGGUCUAUCCAUCUUCCCGUGGAGGAGGAGGUGGAGGUGGAUAUGAGAAGGCAUUGGUUCCUCUAGAUCCCAAAAUGAAGGAACGGUCACUCCACUAUCUGCAGGUUCCCUCAGAUGACUGGUGUGGUGGUGGUCCAUCUGAGAGUGGUGGGGAGAUCCCUUGCAGACGUAUGCGCAGUGGAAGCUACAUCAAGGCUAUGGGGGAUGACGACAGUGCUGACUCAGACACCAGCCCCAAAGCCUCACCCAAAUCAGCCCUCAUUGCCCAGAGAGAAGCCUUCCGCCGCUCUGUCAGCAUGGACCAGCGCUCCUCCACUGCAUCCAAGUACCCGUGUAAACAGUGUACAGACGUCUACCCGAACAGUCGAACCACACCUAAAGGCCACGCUCGCUCCCGUAGCGCCACACGCUCUCUGACCUGUGCUCAGCUGAGUGACACUCUGAACCUGUUUGGAGAAAUGGAAUCACAGGCUGUUGAGGCACUGGACCUACCCGGAUGCUUCCGCACCCGCAGUCACAGCUACGUACGGGCUAUCCAAGCCGGCUGCUCCCAAGACGAUGACUGCCUGUCUGUCUUUUCCAUGUCGGGCCCACAGGGGAGCAUGAAGGGCGAAGCAGUGUUCCCAUACAGGAAAGGACCCCCUCCUCUUCCCCCUCGCAUGUCCAAGCCAAUGAUCUCUGUGACCGCUCAAAGCAGCACUGAGUCCACUCAGGACGCUUACUUCCAGAGUACAGGACAGCCCGCUCUGGUCCGGCCCAGACAGCACAGCAACUCUGUGGACCUGACGGAGAGCAGCGGGGGCCGUAGCUCCAGAGGUGGGCACUAUCUUGGCGGGGGCACUGCACGUGUCAGACAGAGCAGCAAUUCCGCGGAGAGUCUGAACGGCAGGGCCCUUCAGAGCAUCGCCUACCCUGGUGGACCUGGUCCAAUGAAACCGAAACACAGCAGCUCAGCUGAUAACCUUCUGGAGGGGCCCAGGGGAUCUAGGGACCGAGCUGGAGGCAGCCUGGGAAAAUCAGCCUCUCUGCCCCAGAACAGUAUGUCCCUAGCUAAAGCUCUGACUGGAGGAGAGGAGUUCAAACAGGAAGCACGAGGGAGGAAGUGGAGACCCUCUAUUGCAGUGCAGGUGGACAGCUCAGAGACGUUGUCUGACUCAGACCCAGAAGGCAAAGCGCUGAGAGAGGUGCACUCCAUAGGGGUUCAGGUGGAGGAUGACAAGAGACGAGCCCGUUUUAAACGCUCCAACAGUGUGACAGCAAGUGUCCAGGCUGAUCUUGAGACAGAGGGUUUUGGUGGGCUGACAGUCCCCACUCAAGACAAGAGCCUGCAGUUCGGCUGCUCAUUCCAGCGUCACUCGUCUGAACCAGAAUCAGCUGGUCAGUUUGCAGAGUAUCGCACAGUGCACACACAGGGCCAGUGGGCCUACCGUGAGGAUUACCAUAGCGGUUACACCAACGAGCCUGGCCCUCCAGAACUGAGGGCCCUGCCCCGCUCCCACUCCCCUCUGCCACUGGCCCCUGACCGUGGAGUGGGAGGCUGGAGCGAGGGCCCGAGGAGCCUCCCUGAUUCGGGCCGAGCCUCGCCCUGCUUACGAGAUGGAGAGUUCUUCCUCCGGCUCCUGCAGACAGAAGUAGAGAGGAUGGAGGGAUGGUGCCAGAACAUGGAGAGAGAGGCAGAGACAAAUGAACUGCCAGAAGAGGUGUUGGAGCUCAUCAGAGGAGCUGUCGGCAGUGCUCAGAUGCUCAUGUCACAAAGAGUCCAGCAGUUCUUCAGAAUGUGCCAACAGAGUGUGGAUCCUUCAUCAUACCCUCAGCCCAGCACUCAGGAUCUGGCCAGUUAUUGGGACCUCCUCCAGCUAGCCAUCGAGGACGUCAGGGUGAAGUUUCAGGACCUCCAGCGGCUGAAGGACUCGGGCUGGAGAUUACCUCCUGAGAAGAAGGAGGACAAGAAGGUUCCACCUCCAUUACCAAAGAAGCCAGUCGGUGGCGUGACGGGCAGCCUGCGUGCUGACAGCACAACUGAGGCCGGAGGUAUGCUAGUGGUCUCGCGAGGACGUAGCGUUCCCGAACGGGAGAAAUCGCUGGAUGUGGGUGACCGGCAAAAGCUGGAGACGCGGCGCAGGCUGCUCCAGACCAAACGCUCAGCCUCUUUCCGUCAGAAUUCUGCCACGGAGAGCGCUGACAGCAUUGAGAUCUACAUCACAGAGGCUCAGACGAGACUCUGAGUCACUCAGACCCCUCUGGACCCCCUUAAACAACCACUAUGGCUCUUCUCUGGCCCUCUGCACAGACGUCCAUGUUACAAAGCAGCCAGAGAGCGAAUGCCAUUACUCACUUUAGUGUGAUGGAGAACUUGAGAUGGCUUACUAGUAUGCUGCUGGUGUUUGGAUGUGAGCUUACACAUUUUAUUUUCAUUUUUUGUUGAGCAAGUGUUAUUAUUCUCAGAAAAAAGGGCUCAACCAGCACAACCAAGUGUUUCAAGAUUGAGACUUUUGUAAGUCCACAAAAUAUAUAAAAAUGUUAGGACUGUUUUAAUGAACCACGCCAACACAUACGGGUGCAAUAUCAUAUAUUAAGAGAAUCUUAUCUUGUUAUUUUAAAUAAUAGACCUUGUUUUGAUAUAACCUUGGCUGUGUAUGUGUUUCUUAAUUGAUCCCACAGUGUGGCGGACGUAGCCCCUUUCACUGUGACACAAGCGCACUCUUGAGGCCAGAGUAGAGCAAUGCACCCUGAUGUAAUUUUGGGCCUGAAACUGAAUGUCUUAGCAGUGCAGUAGUAAAACUCCUGAAAGCAACUUUUGCAGUAUAGAUAAAUGCCUUUUUAAAGCCAGUUAUUAAAUUACCACAGGGAUUCAUCUCCCGUAUAGUGCAAUAUCACUUUGCAAUUGCAGUCGGGCUUCUCAUCAGCCCAGUGUGAAGACACAUGUCUUAAAAAAGAUGAGAGAAAAACACACAACAGAAACAUUCGAGCUCUGAGGCAACAGCCACGCUUCCUGAAAUAGGACAGUCUACAUCAUAAGACUCUUCAGAAACAGGGGUGCAGAAGACAAUCUUCAAUUUCACACAUGACCUGCACACUGAAACAUGAUCAUACAGAGAGGAGGGGAAGCAUCUUGUCCAUUUCACCCCCCUGCCUUUUUUGUAACAGAUGAAAGCCCUCUAACAUGAAAUCAAUGUAGCUUCUACAUUUUGCCUGAGCGCUUUAAAUUAUUGUGGUUGCCCCCCCCCCCCCCUCCUCCCUCGUUUUUUUCUUUUUUCUUUUCAGAAAUUAAGAAAUUAAUCAAAUCACUUUUUUCCCUCUUUAAAUUUAUCUGAGGUGCAAAACAAAAUAAUAUACUUCAGAUAAUUUUAUAGAACAAAAAUAAUGUGUCCACUUCACACCAAAUGUUAAUUUGUGGAUUAUUUAAAAACAAAAAUGCUGUGUUAGUUUAGGUGGUGAAGUCUUCUGUGUUUAUGGAAGAAUGGAAACAUUAAUUAACACAUAAAUGUGAUAGGAAGAAUGGAUUAUGUGUUUGUGUGCAUUCAACUUCUCAAAUCGCAAACUGGAAACAAGAUCACACAGCAAUUCUUUCAAAUUCCAUCUAUUACUUUCCUUUUUUUUUUUUUUUUUUAAUGAAAUAUGUUGAUUUUGCAUGAAUGAUCUGAACUUUUUUUUUUUUAACUAUGGAAAAAGUAAUGGAAUAAUGGAAAAUAUUUUAUUGGGAGAUGUAUAUUUUAUAAAGUACAUUUUUUAGAUUAGCAGAUAAACAUAUGUUGUCAAAAGUGAUGUUAAAAUAUGUUAUAAAAGUGUCUAAGAAUUUACAAGGUAGGGAUGUGACAGCUCUGUGGACUUUAAAAAAAGUGGGCAACUCACCGCUACACACUUCAGCAGAAUUGUGUUGUUUUCCUCAUUUCUCUUGUCAACCUCAAAACAGACUGGCUAAAGACUUUUGACAAAAGAAGAAUAGAUGGUUGACAGCUACUUGCCAUGUUGUCCAUGGGCAAAAAAUAUAAUCUGUUUUCUAUGUCUUGACUAUCUACACGUGCCUAACAGCACUAUGUGUGGCUUUUUCUUUUUUCUUUUUCUUUUUUAAAUCUAACUAUUCAGUAUUAUAUUCAAUACGAAAUAUAUAACUCACACAAUAUGUAUUGUUCUAAAAAUUUGAUUUGUUACACCUGAUCCAGCUAAUAACCACCUCACACUGGAUGUAUCUAUGUAACCUGCAUGCUUUUAUUAAUCCAUGAAAGAAUUAACAAACUCUUCUAUCAAAACUGUAGAUCUUUAUCCACUGUCUGGAAAAAAGGGCAGGAGUAUUUAUCUAAUUAUUUAUAACUACACCUACAUUUCUGUAUCUAAACAGAUAUCUAAACUGUAUCUUGUUGGAUUUUUUUAUUUUUAUUUUUUUAAAUCAAUUAAUUAGUCCAACAGUUUUUAUUUGUUGUUGUUGUUUUGUUUUUUUUCUCAGACAUUUGUACUUUUUUUCAUUUACUGUUGCCUUCCAUUGCUUUUUUAUGUAUUUAUUUAUAUAUUAUUUAUUUAUUUAUUUUACGAAUACUUUAUGGAUAAAAUAUCCAUCAUUUUAUGAAUACAUAUUUGUUUUAAGCUUCAAAACCGUAGUAAUCACAGUCAACUUACACAUUUUUUGGAAGCAGCAAGUCUAAGAUGACAGAAAAGCACAACAGACUAUUUCCUCUUCCACUGUGAAGGACUUCCUGCCUUCUCAAAACACUGAAAGACUAUGUACAACAUGCCGUUGGGGUUUCCAGUGCGAGAAAUAGGAUGAUCUCUUAUCAGGGCCAUAUGUUUUUGAUAUACCAACGAAGCUUAAUUUCAAGCAAGACUGACCACACUUUCCCCUUUGCAAGUUGUUUGCCUUCUCAGGCACUGACAGGAAUCAAUCUGACGCUCAAACGGACUGCUCAGAAAGACUAUUUUGAUGGCCUUUCUAUUCUAACCAACGUUUCCCAAUGUAAAUGGAUUGAUGGAACCUAGUCAAAUACAAUAUUUAAUGGCUGUGUCUCUCGCUACAUCAUGUCAAGCUUCCCAUGUCAACACAUGACCCGAUGGUAUGCUGAUUGUCGGUUUUUAAGACAUCUGGUGUCUUAAUAGGUCAGAAUGGAUGGCUGAAACUCUGCCAUUGCUCCUUUAAGCUGAAAAACGAGUCUAAAAAGUGUUGGCGAAGCCUCUGUAUAUGCCGUAAACAGAUUUAGCUAGAGUAAGUGAUGAAUAUUUCUUCGUAGCACAGAGGAGCUUGUAGCAGUGACGUAGACGUUACGUUGGAUUCUAUAACGCAUUACAGAUCACUGGAAAUUACAUGGGUCAUAGACUUACAAACAAUUACUGUGUAAUUACAAAUACCUUCUCACGUUCCGUUGUAUUAUGUACAGUAAAUAUAUCUGUUGCAAUUGAAGUUGUUAUUAUUAAUAUUCAAUGGAUUGUUGAUGAUUCCUGGUAUUAUUAAUAAUUUCAUAUAUAAUGAAAACUGUUAUUGCAAUUAUGACUAUGAGGAAAUCUAUUCUGUAUUCUCCAGGGUGUUCAUGUGUAAAGAGCCACCCGAUUUAGAUUUUAUUCUAUUGUUUGUAAUUGCUGCUAAUGUAGAAAAUAGCCCUGUGGAAGAUGAGACAAAUUGAAAAAUAACAGCUAAUGUUAGGCACAUCUCUUCUAGCAGUUGUGUGCAAGAUUACAGAAAAUGUCAAAUGAACAUGUAGAUCUGAAGAAUGAGUAUUCCCUUUUCUUAACGGAAAAAGAAAAUAUAUAUAAAUGUUUGGCCAGUUUGUGAUGUAGCAAAACAAAUCUGUUAUUUUUUAAUUGUUCAUUAAGUUGCUCAUAACACUGCAUUAUAAGAACAUUGUGGAAAAAUGGAUUAUUAGUGUUAUCACUAUUUCUGGUUGUUAUUAUUAUUAUUUUUUUUAAAUCAUAUAUUUGUUUGAUACAGUGCCAAGGUAAAAUAAUUUCAUUUUGUAUCUAUGCUUUUUACAUUAUUUUACCAAACUGCAAUAGCUUACAACUUCACCUUUUUCAAUAUAUUAUUUCCAGAUUUGAAAUAAAUCUGAAUCUCUUACCAUGUGUUGCAGUUAAAGGGUGAAGGCCUUAUGAUGAGCAAUGGCACAGCUGAAGUAAAAUACAUGGAUCAUGUUUGGUCUUUGGUCACUGAGAUGUACAGCUCAAUGUCUACAAGCAUUAAAUCAGAGAUGGCACACUGUGAUGUGGUAAACCUAAACACAGAAUGUAAUAUUGUCAACGGUUGUAAACGUUUUCUAAAAAUUACUAUAAAGCUAUUUUAGCAAGGUAAAAUAACUGCUGUCCACUUAAGUGUCCAGUUAUUAUCCUCAUAACAUUUCACAAGAUCGUAUCCAUUUAAAAAACGCACUCACUAUUUUUAUUAAAAUCAUAAACUUUUGAAAAGUCUGUUUAAAACGUACUCACAUAAGAAGAAGCCACCGUUAAAUUACGUUUAAAGCAGGAAACAUAACUAUACUACCGUCCACACCAACGGACGUUAAAUUCUGUUUAUUAUAAGCGCGCGCUAAUCAGCGUCGGCGUCAUCUGCCGCUUUCUUCAGAAGCGGAAGUCGUCAUUUUAGUCAGCAAAAAACAAAACAACAACAAAAAACAUUUAAAUAAAAAAAUACAGAGAGCGAAUGAUAGUGGCAGUUCAUCCAUUGCUUCAACAAUGUUUGGGACCAUUGUCAUUGGUUCCAUAGCAUUCAGCUGCAAACCCACAGCACUAUCGGUGACAGCAACUUCAGGACAGCAGAUUCAGACCAGGGGCCAGUUGCAUAAGAGAUUAAGACUUGUCUUAAAACUUAGUCAGAUAUUUUUUUUUUCUUUAAGUCUGGUCAUAUUUAUUUAUGCUAGUUGGUAAGACUAGUUCUUAAACUUAGCCUCUAUGAAAAGACUUCAGUCUUAUGCAACUGGCCCCAGAAGGGUGGGGAUUAUAGCCUUACUGAGGUUAGUGGUAAGGUGUGGAUAGGCAUUCUCUAACUUCCGAUCAGAGACUUCCGGCCUGGUCCUGCCGUCACGUAUGACACUGCAGAUCAGUAGCUGGACAUACCUCAUUAGUAGAGAUAAAGGCAACUGGUAAUAUUGUGUGUAAAAGCAACAGCAUUUAGAACAACUGUUUGUGAGGUACUGUACCCCAAAAAAUGUAAGUCAUUUACUCACCAUCACAUCAUUCCACACAUAAAAUUCCCAAUUAUCUUUAGUGCACAAAUGAAGACAUUCUUUCCAGUCUUUCAUUCUUUCAUUUUUUUUUUUUUUUGAAUGUGGUAUAGCUCACCCACACGUGCUUG